GUACCCCAAGCCGGCAGCCUCCAAUCUCCCUUUAUUUUGUCGCGGUGAAAGAAUGAUGUCCACAACCUCAAUCGCCGCAAGUCCGCUCCUGUGGUUUCUCCCACAGCUUCGCCCGCCACCAAUCCCUCAUUCAUCCCCGCCUUUCGAUCCCCAACAACAAGAAGCCGCGGUGAAAUGUCCCUCACAAUCAGGCUACACAUUUCCACCCCCACUGCCAGAACCGCCCGCCUUUAUUGCAGUAGAAAGCCCGAUCUUUACUCCGCCGCCGCCGUAUUUAAGCUCAGACCCUGUCUCCAUUCGAACCCGUCGGCCCCAUUGGUUUUCUCUCGCACCCGGAGGAUGAUUUCUGCAAGCGCGGUAAAAAGCUCUUCUUUGAUCGAGGCGGAUGGGGGUAGCUUGGUGGAUCUUGUGGUCCCCGAGGGCCGGAGGGCGGCCAUCGUUUCGGAGGCCGAGUCUCUGCCCAAAGUGAAGCUCACCAAGAUCGAUGUGGAAUGGGUCCAUGUGAUCAGCGAGGGGUGGGCCAGCCCGCUGCGAGGGUUCAUGCGGGAGGAUGAGUAUCUGCAGAGCUUGCAUUUCAAUUCCCUGAGAUUGGGUAAUGGGACCGUUGUUAACAUGUCCAUCCCGAUUGUUCUGGCCAUUGAUGACGAGGCUAAGGAACGGAUUGGCGGGUCCAAAGAUAUCGGUCUAGUUAGCCAUGGUGGUGAUUUGAUUGCCAUUCUUCGAAGCAUUCAAAUAUAUAAGCAUAACAAAGAAGAGAGAAUUGCUAGAACAUGGGGCACUACAGCUCCAGGGUUACCUUAUGUUGAGGAGGUGAUUACUCCAGCUGGAAAUUGGCUCAUUGGUGGAGAUUUGGAAGUCUUAAAGCCUAUUAAAUAUAAUGAUGGACUUGAUCAUUACAGGCUCUCUCCUCAGCAACUUCGGGAUGAAUUUGAGCACCGCAAGGCAGAUGCAGUGUUUGCCUUUCAGCUUAGGAAUCCCGUCCACAAUGGUCACGCUUUGCUAAUGAAUGAUACACGGAGACGACUUCUGGAAAUGGGUUACAAAAAUCCCAUUCUUUUGCUUCACCCUUUAGGAGGUUUCACAAAGGCUGAUGAUGUGCCAUUGGACAUUCGUAUGGAACAACAUAGCAAGGUUCUAGAAGACGGAGUUCUUGAUCCUGAGACUACCAUUGUAGCCAUAUUUCCCUCACCAAUGCAUUAUGCUGGACCAACAGAAGUACAAUGGCAUGCUAAGGCUCGAAUAAAUGCUGGUGCAAACUUCUACAUCGUGGGCCGUGAUCCUGCGGGAAUGGGUCACCCCACAGAGAAGAGGGACUUAUAUGAUCCUGAUCAUGGGAAGAAAGUUUUAAGCAUGGCCCCCGGGUUGGAGAAACUGAAUAUUUUGCCUUUCAGGGUUGCAGCAUAUGAUACACUGGCAAAGGAAAUGGCAUUUUUUGACCCUUCGCGUGCCAAAGAUUUCCUCUUCAUUUCAGGAACCAAGAUGCGGGCUUAUGCGAGAAGUGGGGAAAAUCCCCCUCAAGGAUUUAUGUGCCCUAAGGGAUGGGAAGUCUUGGUCAAGUACUACGAGAGCUUGCAAGCAGAUGACGAAGCUGCUGCACACAAGUCUGCUCUUUUGUCUGCUUAGUGGCCCUUCUAUUCGCCCGUACUCACUACAAAUCAUUUUCCGUUGCUUCCCUCUCGGGAAAUUGGGAAAAUCGUUGUGAUAUUGUUGUGAUAGAUAACUUUUUUUUAAAUAUUGUUUUCAUCAUUGGAGAAAAUGAUGAAUCUUUGCUUGAUACUCCCCAAGAACUGUUCUUUCUUCAAAUAAUAUGCUCCUGGUUUUUUUAAUUCAUAAGGGCAUAAUAUACUAAGAAAGAGAUACAUAUACAGAGAUCUCCAAUGCCAUUAUCACAAGUUUAAUAUUUUUCUUUCGUUUUUCCAUUCAAGUAUUUCCAGCUAUUGUUAUGUGG